CGCAACUCCGAACACAUCAUCCGGACGUGAUACCCCCUCAACAACCCCCUCGAACAAACACCUCCACCAUGCCUGCUCUCGAUGGCAUCCUAGAAGCCGCCAACGCGCCGCAACAAGAUGGCCAAAUCACCUUCCCUCCCGUCACGCGGGACCACAUCCUCCACUGCUCCUACGACUACUGGUUCCCCAAGUACCGCACCUCAUGCAUCCGCUCGCGCGUGAUCCCGCUUAGCCGCGAGUUCAUCUCGUACAUCCGCGAAGACGGCAUCAUCCUGGCUGACGACGAGCCGGGCAACGAGAACGACUCUGACGACGAUGACGACUGGGAGCCCACCGUCCCCUCUUCCGAGAUACCCGCUCCUCCCCGCAACCCCGGCGACGCCGACAACGACUCGGACUCGGACGACGAGGACUCCACGCCCGCCAAGCUGCCCCCCAACAAGCGCUUCCCCGACCUGCACAAUGCCAUCAACGCAGCCAUCAAGGCCCUCGGCGGCGCCGCUGCCCCCAAGCUCAACUGGUCCUCGCCCAAGGACGCGACCUGGAUCUCGCGCCACCCCAACACGGUGAAAUGCACCUCGGCCAACGACGUCUACAUCCUCCUCAAGUCCUCGUCCUUCAUCAGCCACGAUCUCGAUCACGCCUUUGACGACUGCGUUCCCUCGACGACAACGACCCCACAAUCCCCCUCCUCGACGGCGGCGGCGGCGCAAGCGCAGCAACAACAGCCCCAGGGCUUCACCCCCGUUCUCGUCCUCCGCUCCUUCUUCUCUCCGCUCCCGUCUCUCGAGUUCCGCUGCUUCGUCAAGGACCGCAACCUCAUCGCCAUCACCCAGCGAGAUCUUAACUACUACGCUUUCCUGCGCAGCUUGCGGCCGGCCAUCAUCGCGCGUUGUCGCGAGCUCUUCAACACCAAGCUCAAGUACACGUUUCCCGAUUCGUCGUUUGUGUUUGACGUGUAUAUCCCCGAGGCGGCAUACCGGUCAGACUCUGAGAGUGACGAUGAUGAAACUUCGGAGGCUAGAAGCAGAUUGGCGAGGGCGAGGUUGAUCGAUAUUAACCCGUGGGCGCCGCGGACGGAUACGAUUUUGUUUGGGUGGGAGGAGUUGUUGGAGGCGGAGGUCAAGAUGCCUGUGUUGGGGACGGCGGAGUCAACACCAGAAAAGAAGGAGGAGACGGUGAGGUUACGGUUUUCUGCCACGGGAGCUGCUGCUGCUGCUGCUGCUGGGGGAGAUGAUAACUUUACGGAACCAGAAGAGGAGGACGACAACGAGCAGAAUCACUUUGAUGAUGAUGAGACGACGACGGAUGAUGAGCACGAAGAGGAGUACGAGGUUGAGCUGAGGCUGGUGGAGCAGGAUGAUCCGGCUGCGUACAACUUCAGCUCACCGCAAUACUCGGCGCAUAAGAUGCCAAAGGAUGUGGUGGAUGCUAGUAUGGCGGGUGAGGGGGGCAUGAGGGAGUUUGCUAGGGAGUGGCAGAGGUUACAGGAGCAGAGGGGAGGUGGUUCUAGCAGCUGAACGAAGCGAAGAUCAUCGGGACAUUAAGGACAUUCAAGGAUAUAGAAUAUUUGAAGGCGAUACAAAGGUAUCAUUUCAUUCAGGUAUAUCAUAAGCGACCC